AUGCUGGGAGUAGCUUCUCAUCACCAGGCAGCCCUGGGGAUAUUGGAAGCUGGUGGCCUCUCCCAUGUGUGUCAUGUAUGUAUCGUGUGUCUAGAGCAGUGCCACCAUGUGUCAGUGUCCAGACAUCUACGAGACACAUCCGUCUCUAGAGAAGGACCGCCGCGGUCGACGGAGGAACGAUCUGUGAGGCGGGGUUCAUUGUUGUGUAUUGGUUUCAUUAAAAAUAUAUAUAUAAAGUAA